UUAGGGUUUUGCAACAUAACAAUGUCGUCUUGUUUUGUGGAGGAUUUAGAGGGAAACCCUGCCCAACAAACACGGAGGAGCAAUGAUACUGGACACGAUCUUGUAAAAUAAAUAUGCAUGACUGGCUGGCGUGAGUGAGAACCAACAGGCGACCAGAAGCCAAGUGUCUCUCCACUGAAAGAAGCCAAGGCGUCUUUGUGUUGGAGACUGUCACCUGGGUGGCUUAAUUGGUUGCAUUUGUGUGGAUGCAUUCGAACGUCGCUACAGCAAGGGCUAUUGAUACCAUUUUGGGGUAUGGCCCACUACGCUUCAGCUUGGGUUAUAGCUCUGGUCUUGCUAUUCAAUUUUGUUUGCAUCACGGAGGGACUUGGAAAAAUCGCUAGCCAAUCCAUUGAAAAUGAAGCAAGAAAUUGUGCCACUGUUCUUGACAUUGCAUUUAUCGUGGAUUCUUCUGGCAGUAUACUACCGAAAGAUUAUCAGCUUCAAAAGGAUUUCAUAAAGACUAUUGCUCAAGAGAAUGGCCUAUCAGAAAAUGGAACCCACAUUGGUCUGGUAUUGUUCAGCCAGUUUGCCUCUGUGCCCAUAAAGUUCAAUGAUUAUUAUGUUUUAGAGGAGUUCAAAGAAGGUGUACAACUUUUGGCGCACAAGUACUCGGUCACUCGCAUCGACGAGGGCUUGAAGGCUGCGUACGAUAAGCUCUUCACAAAAGGAUAUGGCGCAAGAGAAAAUGCUCACCGAGUUGCAUUUUUGCUUACGGAUGGUGCACAGACGGAAAGUGAAGGAUUCAUUGACCCAGCUAUUGCAGCCUUGACUUUGAAGGCCAUUGGUGUCAAGCUGCUUGCAGUUGGUAUUGGAAGUGGCGCUAAACGAGAGCAGCUUGAAGUCAUCACUGGCGAUCCAGAAUCUGUGUUUAUGGUAAAAAGAUAUAGUAAACUUACAGACAAAAAGUUCCUUGAGAAGUUUACUUUCACUUGUUCUUCUGAAAUAUUUGAAGAAACACUACAGCUACGAUUGAACCCGACCAGUUUUCCCAUCCCAACGACAGUCCCUACCGAUCCAAGGCAUGAUUAUUUCAUUGUUCUGAAAGUAAAAAACAACGACUAUCACCCAAUCGUAAUAAAAUGGGAGGUAGAAGGCUUGGCAAAAGAAGAAACUGUCGAGAAUGGAACACAGAAAACAAUAGAAAUGAAAAUGGCAAGUAAGAACUAUCCAAACCCUAUAACAUUUGAAGCAUUCGACGAAGACAGUGGAGAAUCGAUAGCUCUCAGAGACAGAAAGAAACUUUUGUUAAUCCCGCGUCAAAAGAAAUUUGAAGAAGUUGUCAUAAUUGAGCCACAUUCUGAGAACGCCUACAUUAACUUCGACAUCAAGAAUAAUCUGGAUCAAAAUGUGACCUUAAUUUGGCAGCAGCAAGGAAAACGCAAGGCCUUGUAUGUUUCCCCCAAUGAAAAGAAGGAAGCAGAAGUCAUCUUCCAUCGGAAAUUUGGGCUAAGUCCAAUCACUUUCCGAGGCUAUGUUGAAAGCCCGAAGAAACUGCCUGUAAAACUUAACGGAGAGAAACAUGUUAUUUAUACGCCAACAAUUAAGAAGGUCACAAAGCCAUUGGAAAUAACAAAAGCAGUUAAAGACUAUUUCAUUAUUUUUGCUGUAGAGAACAAGGCUACUGAUGCCAUUGAAGUUUUCUGGAGCGAAGACGGAAGGAAACAAUUUUUAGAAAUACCUUACAUGGGAACGAGAAGCAGAUCUAUAAUUCUAAAGGACAGGCUUGAAGUAGACAGAGUUGUUUUUCGUGGAUUUCUUAAAGGAACAAAUCAGUCUGUCCUUUUAAACCAUAUAGAAUCUCUUGCUAUUCAACCCCAAACACACAUUAGAUCGAGGAAAAUUGUCGCCGAUAAAAAUUAUUACCUUGAUGUAAAGAUUGAUAAUCAAGCGACAGAAGAUAUAAGUAUUUGGGUGCGGCAAAAUGAAAACCAUCACGAUUUCGACGUCAAAUAUGAUACCAAAACUAACAGGAGUUUUACUUUCGACGGCCCUAAAGCCAAUAAGCCCGUAGUGAUCAACGCUGUGUCGAAAAAAACCAAGUCCAAAGUAGAGCUUAAUGGUCAAUGGAGCAUCAAAGAGGUACCAUCGCCAGAAAAAGUUGAGUUAGCACUACUUGCGACAGUGAAGCAUCACCUUCCUAUCCGGUUUGAUAGCAAAGUUAGUUCAACUGUUGUUGUCAGUUGGGAAGAACAAGAAAAAAGGAGGUCAAUAGAGGUUGCAGCAAAUGCUUCGGAGAAACUAGAGCUUGUUUUUAAAGGCAAGUUUGCAAAUCUCCCGAUUACUUUUAGCGCCACACUUAAAGACGCUGUCAAAGACAUCAAACUUAAUUCCUUAGACACUAUUGAGUUGCAUCCAACCCCUGACAAUGAGACUUUUAUAAUAGUUAAUCUUACAGAAAGCUACUUCUUAGAUGUGGCAAUGAUAAAUUUUGUUUCCGGGGAUGUCAAACUUUUUUGUGAAAUUGAAAGUCAAAUAAAGUCAGUAAACAUUAAGAGAGGUGCAGUCAGAGAUUUAGAGCUGUUCUCUACUAAACCAACAGUUGUCAAGUUUCACGGGGUCAUGAAUGGCACAAACGAGUUUGUAUACCUUAACGGUGCAAGAUCUUUAAAGCUAGCACUGUAUAAGUCGAGAACUUCACUAAGGAUUAAUAUAACCAAAGACUUUUCUUUGCAAAUUGAACUUAAAAACGAAAUCAAGGACAAAAUCUAUUUAAAAUGGAAAGACAACAAGAGCAUCAAAAGCAAUGAGGUUGCAGCAGGUCAAACACAGGUUAUAGACAUUGCUACUUCUGGGCAAAACGCUGAUAGUCUGAUACAGUUUACUGCUUCGUUGAACGAUGAAACGCAUCUAGUGGAGCUCAAUAGGCGACCUAGUAUUGAGUUCACGCCAACCGCAAAAUUAAGCAAGUUUUAUGUCACUGCAUCAGCAUUUUAUAUAGAUUUUGUGAACAAUUGCUCCGCAAAUGUUACUGUCACUAUUUUUGGCAGACAAAGUGUACAAGAAGUCAAAAUAGCGUACAAUUCCAAAAAGACGAAAUACAUGAACGCCUCUUUUGUGCCUGAUUCUUUUCGGAUAAAUGCAGCUAACAACAACAAGAAGUCUGAUGUUCUGUUGAAUGGAAAGCCUGAUUUGAAUUUCUACUGGAGCCCUAAUACGAAAUCCAUUACUGUUCUCCUUACUGACGAUAAAUGUCAGCUUCAAGUGGACUUGGGAUUUGUCGUGGAUGCAUCUGGAAGCAUUUUACCAAAACAAUACCAACAUCAGAAAGAUUUUAUCAAAAAGGUUGUUGAGUUGAAUGAAAUAUCUUCAUCUGGACUUCACGCCGGCGUGGUUUUGUUCAGCCACUCAUCUUCAGUGGCUAUUAAACUGAGUGACUUUUAUGACAGCAAAGCCUUUAAAUCGGCCGUGCAGAAGUUGAAGCAUGAAUGCUCAAUAACACGAAUAGACAAGGGCCUAAAAGACUCCUACGAUAAGUUGUUUACAAGAAGCUAUGGCGCACGAAGUGGAGUUGCCAAAGUUCUUAUAUUGCUUACGGAUGGAAGGCAGACAAGAAGAUACAGCUUCAUAGAGCCGAGUGUCGUUGCAAAGCCUCUUUUGAAUGAAGGCGUUCUUCUAAAGGCCAUCGGAAUUGGGCCACAUGCAAACAGGCAGGAACUGGAAGCUAUUACCGGCACAUCCAAGACUGUGUACAUGAUUCGGUCCUUUGACCAGUUGUACAAGGAGGAUUUCCUAAAAAGCUUCAACUUCAACUGUGAUCCGAGAAUGGUCGAACAGCUUGCUUUGGAAACUCAAGUGAAGAAAGCGCGUGGACCUUUGAAAGAAUAUACAAUUGUUCUGGACAUUGAAAACAAACUUGGCAAGCCAGUUGUUGUUGCUUGGAUGGAGGGUAGUGCAGAAAAGGAAGCUGAAGUGCGUACCAACAGGAGCAUUGAUGUCAGAAUGAAGAAAGAGUAUUAUCCUGACCCAAUUCGAUUUUCCUUCUUCGAAAAGGUGACGAAGAAGCCUGUCAUGGUUAAUGGGAGGAAAGAUUUGUACUUGAUCCCUAGAACUACAGUUAUUCCAGAACGCGUGAUAAUUGCUCCAGAGAAAGGAUCAUCUUAUCUUGUCCUCGAUAUAAAGAGCACCUUGGACGAGCCAGUCGUGAUUCAAUGGCAACAAAACGGAGUAAAAAAGUCAAUAACGGUUGUUGCGAAAUCAACGGAAAAGAAAAGCCUUGAAUUUGAUUUGGAAAAUCCAGGAUCACUGUCUCCUAUCGAGUUUAAUGGAUUUACUAAAGAAGCGAAGCAACAGGUUUCUCUCAACAGUAAUGAAGCUAUCUUCUUUACACCUUCCAUUGACAAAAAGGUGAAGAUCCUACUUAUAUCACCAAGACGUCAAGUAGCCAAAAUAUAUCUGAAUGUCAUCAAUAAUGCCAGCGAAUCUGCUGAGUUGUUUUGGGAAGAAGACAAGCUCCACAAGGUCAUGUACGUCGAUAAAGAUUCGAGCCGUUCUCAUGAGAUUGAUCCUAAAAGUGGAAAAUCUGUGCCAAUUUCGUUUGGCGCUUUUUCACAUGAAAAUGGUGAACAAAACCGACUUGCUGUGAACGGUUCAAUUGUUUACAGUUUGAAGCAAGCUUUGGACGGCAAGGAGCAAACGCUUGUAAUUGGGAAGCUUUUGCGGUUUAUGAAUUUAAACUUUAUAAACAAUGUAGCUGGAGAUAUAGAAAUAACAAAAGGAAAAGCGAAAGAAUUGACCGUGAAAAGAAACAGUAGCAGAACACUAGAUUUGCUCUUUGAAGGAGAUGCAGGCUUGGCUCCAAUCGAGUUUGAAGCAAAGUUGAAAGGAAAUACUGUAAAAUUGAACGGCGUUGGGCAGCUUAAGUUGUACCCGACAAUAAACACAACCAGAAAAGCUGUGUUUGCCGAAAUGAACUUUUACUCAGUUUUGAACGUGUCUAAUGAAGUAGGGGGACCCAUAGAGUUACAAUGGGAGGUCGACGGUGUUAAAGGAGCUAGAGAAAUUGGUAAAGGCCUCAAGUCCAUUGUUGAAAUUAUAAGGAAUGGGCGGAAGGCAGACCAACCUCUACGUUUCAAAGGAAUCCUCAAGGAGAGUGACUUUCCAGUUUUGCUUAACGACAAAACAGGAAUAGAAGUUGUUCCUGUCGCUUUGCGCCAAUCUGUGCCAGUGCUUGCAACUGUACAUGAGCUGGUAUUGAUAAACAAUGCUUCAGGAGACGUUGUUACUCGAAUACAAUCAGGUUCUGACGUCGAGAUUGUCAAUACUCCUGUUGGUAUUUUGAGAUCAAUAAAGAUCAAGUUUAAUGAAAAGAAUAAUUCUUUGCUAUUUAGUGGUCAUAACACAGAUUUAUCGAGAAAGACUAAAUAUAACGAGAGUUUGAGCUUUAAGGUUGAACAAGGCACUUCUGGAAAGCGAAUAACGAUUGUGAUAACUGAUGAUAAAUGUCAGCUUCAAGUGGACUUGGGAUUUGUCGUGGAUGCAUCUGGAAGCAUUUUACCAAAACAAUACCAACAUCAGAAAGAUUUUAUCAAAAAGGUUGUUGAGUUGAAUGAAAUAUCUUCAUCUGGACUUCACGCCGGCGUGGUUUUGUUCAGCCACUCAUCAUCAGUGGCCAUUAAACUGAGUGACUUUUAUGACAGCAAAGCCUUUGAAUCGGCCGUGCAGAAGUUGAAGCAUGAAUGCUCAAUAACACGAAUAGACAAGGGCCUAAAAGACUCCUACGAUAAGUUGUUUACAAGAAGCUAUGGCGCACGAAGUGGAGUUGCCAAAGUUCUUAUAUUGCUUACGGAUGGAAGGCAGACAAGAAGAUACAGCUUCAUAGAGCCGAGUGUCGUUGCAAAGCCUCUUUUGAAUGAAGGCGUUCUUCUGAAGGCCAUCGGAAUUGGGCCACAUGCAAACAGGCAGGAACUGGAAGCUAUCACAGGCACAUCCAAGACUGUGUACAUGAUUCGGUCAUUUGACCAGUUGUACAAGGAGGAUUUCCUAAAAAGCUUCAACUUCAACUGUGAUCCGAAAAUGGUCGAACAGCUUGCUUUGGAAACUCAAGUGAAGAAAGCGCGUGGACCUUUGAAAGAAUAUACAAUUGUUCUGGAGAUUGAAAACAAACUUGGCAAGCCAGUUGUUGUUGUUUGGAUGGAGGGUAGUGCAGAAAAGGAGGCUGAAGUGCGUACCAACAGGAGCAUUGAUGUCAGAAUGAAGAAAGAGUAUUAUCCUGACCCAAUUCGAUUUUCCUUCUUCGAAAAGGUGACGAAGAAGCCUGUCAUGGUUAAUGGGAGGAAAGAUUUGUACUUGAUCCCUAGAACUACAGUUAUUCCAGAACGCGUGAUAAUUGCUCCAGAGAAAGGAUCAUCUUAUCUUGUCCUCGAUAUAAAGAGCACCUUGGACGAGCCAGUCGUGAUUCAAUGGCAACAAAACGGAGUAAAAAAGUCAAUAACGGUUGGUGCGAAAUCAACGGAAAAGAAAAGCCUUGAAUUUGAUUUGGAAAAGCCAGGAUCACUGUCUCCUAUCGAGUUUAAUGGAUUCACUAAAGAAGCGAAGCAAAAGGUUUCUCUCAACAGUAAUGAAGCUAUCUUCUUUACACCUUCUAUUGACAAAAAGGUGAAGAUCCUACUUAUAUCACCAAGACGUCAUGUAGCCAAAAUAUAUCUGAAUGUCAUCAAUAAUGCCAGCGAAUCUGCUGAGUUGUUUUGGGAAGAAGACAAGCUCCACAAGGUCAUGUACGUCGAUAAAGAUUCGAGCCGUUCUCAUGAGAUUGAUCCUAAAAGUGGAAAAUCUGUGCCAAUUUCGUUUGGCGCUUUCUCACAUGAAAAUGGUGAACAAAACCGACUUGCUGUGAACGGUUCAAUUGUUUACAGUUUGAAGCAAGCUUUGGACGGCAAGGAGCAAACGCUUGUAAUUGGGAAGCUUUUGCGGUUUAUGAAUUUAAACUUUAUAAACAAUGUAGCUGGAGAUAUAGAAAUAACAAAAGGAAAAGCGAAAGAAUUGACCGUGAAAAGAAACAGUAGCAGAACACUAGAUUUGCUCUUUGAAGGAGAUGCAGGCUUGGCUCCAAUCGAGUUUGAAGCAAAGUUGAAAGGAAAUACUGUAAAAUUGAACGGCGUUGGUCAGCUUAAGUUGUACCCGACAAUAAACACAACCAGAAAAGCUGUGUUUGCCGAAAUGAACUUUUACUCAGUUUUGAACGUGUCUAAUGAAGUAGGGGGAGCCAUAGAGUUACAAUGGGAGGUCGACGGUGUUAAAGGAGCUAGAGAAAUUGGUAAAGGCCUCAAGUCCAUUGUUGAAAUUAUAAGGAAUGGGCCGAAGGCAGACCAACCUCUACGUUUCAAAGGAAUCCUCAAGGAGAGUGACUUUCCAGUUUUGCUUAACGACAAAACAGAAAUAGAAUUUGUUCCUGUCCCUUCAAGAUUACCUUCUUUCUUGGUUUUAUCGCCUUUGAAGCUGUUACUCAAAAUCGUGCUUCAAGCGAUGUUGUUGUGCGGUUUCAGUUGCCCUGAUCUUGAGAUAUUAAGAAUCCCUUUUGGUAUGGUGAAGGAAUUCAAAUUGAAGCCAAUAUUGAUGGUAGACAGCCUCUUUCUUACCGGAGUAAAUGAAAAGACCAAUCGCAAAAUAAAGUUUAAUGAUAGGCUGAAGUUACUUGUGAACAAAGCUUCUACAGAAAAGAGUAAUGAGAUCGUCCUAACUGACGACUCCUGUGACUUGAAACUGGAUCUUGUUUUUCUUGUCGACUCUUCCGGAAGCACGACACCCUCUCAGUAUAAAGAAAUGAAGGAUUUCAUCAGCUCUGUUGCUAUAUCGAACGGAGUAUCAAGGGAAGGUAUUCACGCUGGCGUGGUUUUGUUUAGCUGGGAUGCAUCAGUUGCAAUAAAACUGAACGAUUUCUAUGACACUGCUUCAUUUGUGUCAGCUGUGCGCGAGAUGAAACAUGAACUUUCCUCUACGUUCUUGGACAAGGGUCUCAAUUAUGUUUACAAGAAGGUCUUGUCAGCUGGGUAUGGGGCAAGAAAAGACGCACGUCCUUUACUUAUUCUAAUCACCCCUAGCAGGCAAACCAAAUCUGAUUCCUAUACUGACCUUAGGGUCGCUUCCAAGCCUUUGAAAAGAGCCGGAGUUCAUAUGAAGGCCAUCGGCAUUGGACGUCGUGUUCAACGAGACGAGCUCGAGAUAAUCGUUGGAAAUACUGAAGGGGUUUAUUUAGUGCGCAAUUUCAAAGGUUUAGCUGAGAAAAAAUUCCUUGACAAUUUCGAUUUCAGAUGUAGCAUUGAUCGAAUAUUGCCACCCUAUACAGCUGUAGGCUUGGAUCCGACAAAACAACCUGAAAGAAUAGAUAUUGGCAGACUAACUACAUAUUCAGCAAAACUUAACGUGGACAACCUGCUUGAUGAAGCAGUCUUACUUAACUGGAAAGAGAGGGGUAUUUCUAAACAACUCCAGAUCGCUCCUAACAGCAAUAAAACUGUUGAGAUUCGGAUGACCCAAGACUAUUACCCAGAUCCUAUUUCUUUUGUGGCUUUCGGGAAAGAUUCGAAAGAACAGGUGAAGUUGCUUGGCAGAGAAAAAUUCGAACUCAUUUUGCACGAAAAGAGUUUUGAAGAAGAGCUGGUAAUUGCACCAGAUGUAGGUUUUGCAUACAUUCUAUUAGAUGUUAAUAACACCCUGGAUGAGUUUGUUUCUAUACAAUGGCAAGAAAAUGGUAGAAAAAGGGUAAUGAAUGUUCCUGGGCGAUCUCUUAUCAAGAAUGAGUUGGCAUUCAACCUGUCCCGACCUGGAGCUUUAGGCCCUGUUUCAUUUAGCGGUUCAACCAUAAAAAGUGGUAGGGAAGUUUCUUUGAAUACUGCACGCUCGGUUUCAUUUACUCCAUCGACGCGUAGGACAAGGGAAUCGCUGAUAAUAUCAGAAAAAUCAGCUGACACUUGGAUUGCAAUAAAUGUGAUCAAUAACGCAAAGGAAGACAUCAAGCUCACUUGGUAUCGAGAGGGUGUCAAUUACUUCAUGCGUGUCCCUAGUGGAUCAAAUCGGCAUCUUGAGGAAAGAUUUUAUGAAGGUCAAGGGGAGCAUCCAAUAGCAUUCACUGCUCAUUCGUACCUAAGAGGUAGCUCAUUCAAAGUGAUGCUCAAUUCAACAGUUUCGCGCACUAUUCUCCCAUCUUCGAAGAAAAUUACUCAGACUUUAGUUGCAGGGGACAGGCUGCAGUCUUUGGUUGUGAAUUUUAUAAAUGAGGCCAAAGGUCCAGUAGUUAUUUCAUGGCUUGAUAAUAUAGAAGAAAAGAUGAUUGUCCUCGAAAAGGGAGAAACUAUCGAAAAACACAUAUCUGUGAUCGGAAGAGAUAGAGCUAAUCCCGUUGUAUUUACCGCUAAACGGAAAGACACAAAAGGAGAUGUCCGGUUGAAUGGACAUAUCACGGCAGCAUUUCUGCCUUCAGAUGAGACAAAAAAGAGGAAGAUCGUGGCUACAGACGAUUUAAGAUAUGUGGUUGUUGAGUUUGAAAAUCGUGCCUUUGCUGAGGUUGAGAUAUUUUGGCAAGAAAGAGGGCUCAGAAAGUCAUUUACUCUAGAUCCAAAGAGAAGAAAAAUGCUAGAACUAUCGAUUCUUGGUAGUGAUGCUUUAAAACCUGUUAUUUUCAUGGGAACUUUGAAAGCGUAUCGUGAUGAAGUAGAAUUGAAUAACCAGGAAAGUUUCGAGGUGAUACCACUUAUGGACAAGGUUAAAAACUUUGCAGUAGCUAGAGAUAUACCAAAGUACGGGGUAUUUGUGCUCAAAAACGAAGCAAAUGAUCCAGUAGCUUUCAUAAUUACAUAUAACGGAGCAAACACAAAACGAAAGAUAGUAGGAGACGGAAGUAUCGAACGAUUUGAAUUGCAGUUAAGCGGAGAAUCCGCUUAUAUGCCAAUAGAAGUCACAGCGAGGUUAUCUGAUUUCGAUUUUCCAAUCAAUGUGAACCAGGCUCCAACAGUUAUAGUGAUGCCAUCUAAGCAAAAAACACCAAAUAAAAUAAUUGCGACAGAACCGUUUGAAAUAGACCCAUGGUAUGAUGACUACUGGAGCACGGCUAUGGAUGACACAGAUAUGAAAUAUCUUAACCUUGAAAUCCAGAACAACGCCACAGAUGACAUAGAGGUAGUGCUUGAGAAAGGUGUUAAGAAGAAGUAUAUUACGCUCAAGAAAGAUCAACUAGGCAAAAAAGCAUUUGUUUUUAGAGGAGAAAACAACGCGGAACCAGUGAAGGUCUAUGCAACAACACAAGUAAUUGACCUGGUUAUCGACGUAAACAAGGUAAAGUACCUAUCACUGGAACCAACAAUUCAAAUAAAAGUGCACAAGAUUACAGCAACAUCGAGAAAACCGAAAAAUGGAUACAUCAAUACAGUAAUCGAGAACAGCUCUCAUAGGAAAAUUACAAUUUAUUGGAAGCAAGGAAACAAAACUGUGUCUGUGCAAAUAAACCCAAAAAAAAUCGCUACUAAGACAAUUUUAUACCCUACAAAACAAAUAGGAAAACACGUAACAUUUCAAAGUGAUUAUAAGGAAGGCAUCCUUUUGAAUAAAAAAGAAAAUGUCACAAUAACAGUGAAAAAAGACAAUGCUACAAAUUAUAUCAAAGUGACUCUACAAAAAGUAUACAUUAUUGCCAAUUUUGUUAACAAUGCCGCUGUGCCAAUUCUUGUCAACUGGCUUGAAAAUGGUGUGAAGAAGUCAAAAGAGGUAGCUGUUGGAGAAACUGUACGACAAGAACUUGCUUUUGAAGAUGGUGAUUUGAAGAAAUCGGUGAAAUUCACAGCAAAGAGAAAAGACAAUGAUGAAGUUGUUUUGUUGAAUGGUGCUAGCGAUGUUUCAUUGGCAGUAACGAGGGACAAGAUAGCUGCGUCUGUAGUGGCAAGCAACUAUCCGAUGUAUGUUGUCGCUGAUUUCACAAACAAUGCCGCUGUGCCUAUUGUUGUCAACUGGCUUGAAAAUGGUGUGAAGAAGUCGAAAGAGGUAGCUGUUGGAGAAACUGUACGACAAGAACUUGGUUUUGAAGAUGGUGAUUUGAAGAAAACGGUAAAAUUCACAGCAAAGAGAAAAGACAAUGAUGAAGUUGUUUUGUUGAAUAGUGCUAGCGAUGUAUCAUUGGCAGUAACGAGGGACAAGAUAGCUGCGUCUGUAGUGGCAAGCAACUAUCCAAUGUUUGUUGUCGCUGAUUUCACAAACAAUGCCGCUGUGCCAAUUGUUGUCAACUGGCUUGAGAAUCGUGUCACAAAGUCGAAAGAGGUAGCUGUUGGAGAAACUGUACGACAAGAACUUGCUUUUGAAGAUGGUGAUUUGAAGAAAUCGGUAAAAUUCACAGCAAAGAGAAAAGACAAUGAUGAAGUUGUUUUGUUGAAUGGUGCUAGCGAUGUAUCGUUGGCAGUAACGAGGGACAAGAUAGCUGCGUCUGUAGUGGCAAGCAACUAUCCGAUGUAUGUUGUUGCUGAUUUCGUUAACAAUGCCGCUGUGCCAAUUGUUGUCAACUGGCUUGAGAAUGGUAUCACAAAGUCGAAAGAUGUAGCUGUUGGAGAAACUGUACGACAAGAACUUGCUUUUGGUGAUGGUGAUUUGAAGAAGACGGUGAAAUUCACAGCAAAGAGAAAAGACAAUGAUGAAGUUGUUUUGUUGAAUGGUGCUAGCGAUGUUUCAUUGGCAGUAACGAGGGACAAGAUAGCUGCGUCUGUAGUGGCAAGCAACUAUCCGAUGUAUGUUGUUGCUGAUUUCGUUAACAAUGCCGCUGUGCCAAUUGUUGUCAACUGGCUUGAGAAUGGUGUCACAAAGUCGAAAGAGGUAGCUGUUGGAGAAACUGUACGACAAGAACUUGCUUUUGAAGAUGGUGAUUUGAAGAAAUCGGUGAAAUUCACAGCAAAGAGAAAAGACAAUGAUGAAGUUGUUUUGUUGAAUAGUGCUAGCGAUGUAUCAUUGGCAGUAACGAGGGACAAGAUAGCUGCGUCUGUAGUGGCAAGCAACUAUCCGAUGUAUGUUGUUGCUGAUUUCGUUAACAAUGCUGCUGUGCCAAUUGUUGUCGACUGGAUUGAGAAUGGUGUCACAAAGUCUAAGGAGGUAGCUGUUGGAGAAACUGUACGACAAGAACUUGCUUUUGGUGAUGGUGAUUUGAAGAAGACGGUGAAAUUCACAGCAAAGAGAAAAGACAAUGAUGAAGUUGUUUUGUUGAAUGGUGCUAGCGAUGUUUCAUUGGCAGUAACGAGGGACAAGAUAGCUGCGUCUGUAUUGGCAAGCAACUAUCCGAUGUUUGUUGUCGCUGAUUUCACAAACAAUGCCGCUGUACCAAUUGUUUUCAACUGGCUUGAGAAUGGUGUGAAGAAAUCGAAAGAGGUAGCUGUUGGAGAAACUGUACGACAAGAACUUGCUUUUGAAGAUGGUGAUUUGAAGAAAACGGUGAAAUUCACAGCAAAGAGAAAAGACAAUGAGGAAGUUGUUUUGUUGAAUGGUGCUAGCGAUAUAUCAUUGGCAGUAACGAGGGACAAGAUAGCUGCGUCUGUAGUGGCAAGCAACUAUCCGAUGUAUGUUGUUGCUGAUUUCGUUAACAAUGCCGCUGUGCCAAUUGUUGUCAACUGGCUUGAGAAUGGUAUCACAAAGUCGAAAGAUGUAGCUGUUGGAGAAACUGUACGACAAGAACUUGCUUUUGAAGAUGGUGAUUUGAAGAAAUCGGUAAAAUUCACAGCAAAGAGAAAAGACAAUGAUGAAGUUGUUUUGUUGAAUGGUGCUAGCGAUGUAUCAUUGGCAGUAACGAGAGACAAGAUAGCUGCGUCUGUAGUGGCGAGCAACUAUCCGAUGUAUGUUGUCGCUGAUUUCACAAACAAUGCCGCUGUACCAAUUGUUGUCAACUGGCUUGAAAAUGGUGUGAAGAAGUCGAAAGAGGUAGCUGUUGGAGAAACUGUACGACAAGAACUUGCUUUUGAAGAUGGUGAUUUGAAGAAAUCGGUAAAAUUCACAGCAAAGAGAAAAGACAAUGAGGAAGUUGUUUUGUUGAAUGGUGCUAGCGAUGUAUCAUUGGCAGUAACGAGGGACAAGAUAGCUGCGUCUGUAGUGGCAAGCAACUAUCCGAUGUAUGUUGUUGCUGAUUUCGUUAACAAUGCCGCUGUGCCAAUUGUUGUCAACUGGCUUGAGAAUGGUAUCAGAAAGUCGAAAGAUGUAGCUGUUGGAGAAACUGUACGACAAGAACUUGCUUUUGAAGAUGGUGAUUUGAAGAAAUCGGUGAAAUUCACAGCAAAGAGAAAAGACAAUGAUGAAGUUGUUUUGUUGAAUGGUGCUAGCGAUGUAUCAUUGGCAGUAACGAGGGACAAGAUAGCUGCGUCUGUAGUGGCGAGCAACUAUCCGAUGUAUGUUGUCGCUGAUUUCACAAACAAUGCCGCUGUACCAAUUGUUGUCAACUGGCUUGAAAAUGGUGUGAAGAAGUCGAAAGAGGUAGCUGUUGGAGAAACUGUACGACAAGAACUUGCUUUUGAAGAUGGUGAUUUGAAGAAAUCGGUGAAAUUCACAGCAAAGAGAAAAGACAAUGAUGAAGUUGUUUUGUUGAAUGGUGCUAGCGAUGUAUCAUUGGCAGUAACGAGGGACAAGAUAGCUGCGUCUGUAGUGGCAAGCAACUAUCCGAUGUAUGUUGUCGCUGAUUUCACAAACAAUGCCGCUGUGCCUAUUGUUGUCAACUGGCUUGAGAAUGGUGUCAAGAAGUCGAAAGAGGUAGCUGUUGGAGAAACUGUACGACAAGAACUUGCUUUUGGUGAUGGUGAUUUGAAGAAAUCGGUGAAAUUCACAGCAAAGAGAAAAGACAAUGAGGAAGUUGUUUUGUUGAAUGGUGCUAGCGAUAUAUCAUUGGCAGUAACGAGGGAUAAGAUAGCUGCGUCUGUAGUGGCAAGCAACUAUCCGAUGUAUGUUGUUGCUGAUUUCGUUAACAAUGCCGCUGUGCCAAUUGUUGUCAACUGGCUUGAGAAUGGUAUCACAAAGUCGAAAGAUGUAGCUGUUGGAGAAACUGUACGACAAGAACUUGCUUUUGAAGAUGGUGAUUUGAAGAAAUCGGUGAAAUUCACAGCAAAGAGAAAAGACAAUGAUGAAGUUGUUUUGUUGAGUGGUGCUAGCGAUGUAUCAUUGGCAGUAACGAGGGACAAGAUAGCUGCGUCUGUAGUGGCAAGCAACUAUCCGAUGUAUGUGUUUGCUGAUUUCGUUAACAAUGCCGCUGUGCCAAUUGCUGUCAACUGGCUUGAGAAUGGUAUCACAAAGUCGAAAGAUGUAGCUGUUGGAGAAACUGUACGACAAGAACUUGCUUUUGAAGAUGGUGAUUUGAAGAAAUCGGUGAAAUUCACAGCAAAGAGAAAAGACAAUGAUGAAGUUGUUUUGUUGAAUGGUGCUAGCGAUGUAUCAUUGGCAGUAACGAGGGACAAGAUAGCUGCGUCUGUAGUGGCGAGCAACUAUCCGAUGUAUGUUGUCGCUGAUUUCACAAACAAUGCCGCUGUACCAAUUGUUGUCAACUGGCUUGAAAAUGGUGUGAAGAAGUCGAAAGAGGUAGCUGUUGGAGAAACUGUACGACAAGAACUUGCUUUUGAAGAUGGUGAUUUGAAGAAAUCGGUGAAAUUCACAGCAAAGAGAAAAGACAAUGAUGAAGUUGUUUUGUUGAAUGGUGCUAGCGAUGUUUCAUUGGCAGUAACGAGGGACAAGAUAGCUGCGUCUGUAGUGGCAAGCAACUAUCCUAUGUAUGUUGUUGCUGAUUUCGUUAACAAUGCCGCUGUGCCAAUUGUUAUCAACUGGCUUGAAAAUGGUGUGAAGAAGUCAAAAGAGGUAGCUGUUGGAGAAACUGUACGACAAGAACUUGCUUUUGAAGAUGGUGAUUUGAAGAAAUCGGUGAAAUUCACAGCAAAGAGAAAAGACAAUGAUGAAGUUGUUUUGUUGAAUGGUGCUAGCGAUGUAUCAUUGGCAGUAACGAGGGACAAGAUAGCUGCGUCUGUAGUGGCAAGCAACUAUCCGAUGUAUGUUGUCGCUGAUUUCGUUAACAAUGCCGCUGUGCCUAUUGUUGUCAACUGGCUUGAGAAUGGUGUCAAAAGUCGAAAGAGGUAGCUGUUGGAGAAACUGUACGAC